UGUAAAGGGUGCAUGGUCCAUGACGUAAGACUCCGGACAUCGCUGUGGUGGUAGAGAAACAUCUCUUUGGCCGGUCUAAUUGUGCAUUUCAAAGCAUCGAUCAGGUUGUGCACCCUGGAGAGUGUUUACUUGAGUCGCAGCCCUGCAUUUCAAAGACGAAGACAAGUAUUUCACCAUGAACUGUGACAUGGACGGUGACAUGGAAAAUCAGGCAGAGCUGGAGGAGAAGACCAGACUUAUAAACCAGGUCCUUGAGCUGCAAAAUACUCUUGAGGACCUCUCAGCUCGAGUGGAUGCAGUUAAAGAAGAAAAUCUCAAGUUAAAAUCAGAGAAUCAGGUUCUUGGGCAGUAUAUUGAGAACCUCAUGUCAGCAUCUAGUGUGUUUUAGACGACUGACU